GAUACCGUCUAUGACCACUAGGGUGGGUCGAAAACACUAAUGGUUUUUUUUUUGCUUGGUACUCUGAAAAAUUGGUUGAUAAUGUCUCUCCAAGUAUAAGGUUUUAAUUGUAAUCGGAAAGUCCUCCGCCUGACAGUUUUCUAUUUUUUUCUUAUUAUCAGAUGGAAAAACUCAUAUCUUGCUUCCAACUAUUUACAAAAAUAUUUAGUUUUUUGGGUUUUGUAGGAAAUUGAACGCUCAUCAAAAAAAGGUCUAUUACUUUUAACGUAUUCUCGUAAGCCGAUUAAAAGAUAUUAACAGUUGAAGUUUGACUAUUUUCACGCAAAUUGGUUUUUUCUUUUCAAUUUUAUAAAACAAAUAAUUUUAAAUUGCAAACCUCAUAGUCUUCAAGGAAAUUUACUGCUAAACUUUUGGUUAUUGGUAAGCCAAUAACUCCACGAAGCUUUCUGACUGCUCCAAAUCAGCCUGGAUGACUAUUUUUAUUGUUAAUGCUGUUUUUUUUAAGCAUUGGUUCCAUCAAUCCUUUGUGCCACAGGUAAAAUGAGUUUAAAGAAGAAUAACUUACCAAUAAAGGCAGUAUUACUUAUUGACAACGCGCCCUCUCAUCCAAGUGAAACCGAACUAAAAACUGAAGAUGGAAACAUAAUUGUCAUGUUUAUACCACCGAAUGUCCCCCCUCUAAUCCAACCGAUGGAUCAAAAUGCGAUCAAAUUCACAAAACUAUAUAAAUAUACGCCGUUACUCCGUUAUCUAUCGCUUGGGAUCGGGUCAGCAAUGAAACUCUUGUUUAUUGUUGGACAAAUAUUUCAAAUUUAAUGAGAAAGGAGGAGGAUCCUGAAGAUAACAUUCCAUUAAGUAUCCUGAAAACAAAAUGGGAUGCAGAAAUAAACUCUUUAAUGGAAACAUCAGAUAUUCUUCUUCAUAACUUGAGUCCUCAGGUUGAAUUUUCACUACCAAUGGUUGAAAAGUGGAAUGAUGAUCCUUGUGUUGAUGACUCCACUGAUAUCCAAGAAAUGGAAGUAAGCGAAGAUAGGGACGAUAUAUAUAUUUUUUUUACCAAUAAUAAAAGCUUUUCACUUUCAAGCGUGUAAAAAUAAUGAAUUUAAUCAUCUGUAUGUAUAACGCUAACGUGAACUCGCUUGGUUUUAAUUAUUGUAGUACACGUUACCGCGAGCG